GCGAGUGGAUUUUAAUUCCGUAAAAAAGUUUCGAGACAGCGGACGAAAAUAAAACGGAGCACAAAAUCGUCGGCGUCGGACACACUGUAAACUGAAAACAGAAAACAGAAAAUAGAAAAUCACUCGACUCGACUUGCGAGCACUGACCACUUUUUUUUUGACGUGUGAGAGUGUGAGAGCGAUCGCGCCCAGGAGCCAAAGGCAAUGGAUCGGGAGCUGAACGGGGCCAUGAGGAGCGUGUCCAUAAAUAGCGCCCAACAGAACGGUCACAGUCGCGAUGAAACGGACCGGGUGGGCGUGGCGAACGGGGGGGAUGUGAGUGCAUCAUGUGCAGCGGCAGCGCAGACCACAAAAGCGACAAAUGCAACGUCGGCAACGGGAACGGCAACGGCAACGGCGGCGGCGGCCACAAAUGCAACGACAAAUAGCCCGAGUGCACAGCAAAUAGCACUCGCAUCCGCAGCAGAGAAAAAGAAGAUGGUGCACGAGUUAUGUCAGCAGCUGCUGCUCUCGGACGAGCAGGUGCAGGAGCUGUGCUAUCGCAUCCUGCACGAGCUGCGGCGCGGCCUUGCCAAGGACACGCACCCGAAGGCCAAUGUCAAGUGCUUUGUGACGUAUGUGCAGGACCUGCCCAACGGCAAUGAGCGCGGCAAGUUCCUGGCCCUGGACCUCGGCGGCACCAAUUUCCGGGUGCUGCUCAUCCACCUGCAGGAGAACAACGACUUCCAAAUGGAGUCUCGCAUCUACGCCAUCCCGCAGCACAUCAUGAUCGGUUCGGGGACGCAGCUCUUCGACCACAUAGCCGAGUGCCUGUCCAAUUUCAUGGCCGAGCACAAUGUGUACGCCGAGCGUCUGCCGCUCGGGUUCACCUUCUCCUUCCCCCUGCGUCAGCUGGGCCUGACCAAGGGCCUGCUGGAGACCUGGACCAAGGGCUUCAACUGUGCCGGCGUCGUCAACGAGGAUGUGGUGCAGCUGCUGAAGGACGCCAUCGCCCGGCGCGGAGACGUCCAGAUCGAUGUGUGCGCCAUCCUCAAUGACACCACCGGCACCCUGAUGAGCUGCGCCUGGAAGAACCACAACUGCAAAAUCGGCCUCAUUGUCGGCACCGGCGCCAAUGCCUGUUAUAUGGAGCGUGUCGAGGAGGCGGAGCUCUUUACCGCCGAGGAUCCGCGCAAGAAGCAUGUCCUGAUCAACACGGAAUGGGGAGCGUUCGGCGAUAAUGGCGCCCUGGACUUUGUCCGCACCGAAUUCGACAGGGACAUCGAUGUGCAUAGCAUUAAUCCCGGCAAGCAGACCUUUGAGAAGAUGAUCUCCGGCAUGUACAUGGGCGAGCUGGUGCGCCUCGUUCUGGUCAAGAUGACACAGGCGGGCAUCCUCUUCAACGGCCAGGAUUCGGAGGUGCUCAACACCCGGGGCCUGUUCUUCACCAAGUACGUGAGUGAAAUCGAAGCGGACGAGCCGGGCAACUUCACCAACUGCCGCCUGGUGCUCGAGGAGCUGGGCCUGACCAAUGCCACGGACGGCGACUGCGCCAAUGUUCGCUACAUCUGCGAGUGCGUGUCCAAGCGGGCCGCCCACCUUGUCUCCGCCGGCAUCGCCACCCUGAUCAACAAAAUGGACGAGCCGCACGUGACGGUGGGCGUUGAUGGCAGUGUCUACCGCUUCCAUCCCAAGUUCCAUAACCUGAUGGUGGAGAAGAUCUCCACGCUGAUCAAGCCGGGCAUUACGUUCGACCUGAUGCUCUCCGAGGACGGUUCUGGUCGCGGUGCGGCCCUGGUGGCGGCCGUGGCCUGUCGCGAGGACAUACUCUAUGCCAAGAAGUAGGAGCGGGAUACGGCGGAGCCAUGUAGUAGGAGCAGGAGCACGAGUAGGAGCGACAGCCGCAACACGAGUCCUAGGAGCAAAGGCCGAGCAGGAGCAGAGGAGGAGGAGUGGAGAAAUACCCAACAGAAAACACCUAGUAAAGGGCCAGAGCAAUUUCCACUGUGGCGUAUGCGUAAUAACAGUGGCACCUCGCUAACUCGCAAUGUGCCCUCCCCCAAAAAAAAGCUGCCAGUAAACGGAAUCGAAAACCAAACACAAAUCAAGCUAGCAAUUGUAUAAGACUCCUUUCCCCAAGCCACCAACCAGCGACGAGAAAAUAGCAUCCUUCUUCAAGUUAACCAGUUCAGUUCAGUUACUACAAAAAGCUACAAAAUUAAAGGUAAUUUGCGAGUUGGCGAGGCCGCACUGUAGGUUCCUUCGUUGGCCGCCGGCAGGGGGCGCCCGACACGCCCACACACACACACACACACAUCGCGGCGACCCCUGGCGGUGUGCAGCUUUAGUAUUUUAAUUAGGAAAAAAAAA